AUGGCAUCUCAUAUUUAUUACAUAGUCCCCAAAUUAUCCUUCAAGAAGCACCCUUCCCAGGACUUCAUUGAUGCCCCAAUGAUGUUGACAAAGUUCUACCAGCAAAUCCUGGCCUUGGUAUUUGCUGUUGAUGAGAUCAAUGAGAAUCCAAGUAUGUUGCCCAAUGUCUCUCUCGGCUUCCACAUCUAUGAUAGCUAUUAUGAUUCAAAGAUGACCUACCGAAACACUCUGGACCUGCUCUUUAAAUCACGUCACUUUGUUCCCAACUACAGGUGUGGCAUCCAGAAAAAUGUUAUAGGAGUCAUUGGGGGACUCAGCUCUGAUACCUCCUGGUGCAUGGCAAACGUCUUAGGUCUUUUCAAGAUUCCACAGCCUCUGAACAAGCGAGAUAAAACAAAAGAAUAUAUUCUUUGUGGAAUUUACAUCCCGAGUUCCCUCUGUAUGUUCACGAUGUCUCUUCACAAAAUGAUGUUUCCGCCAAGCCAGUCCAAAAAUCUUCUCACCUCGGGCAGCAGCCAAUUACCCAGUGGUGUAAGGUUUGGGGCCCGGGGCCCUUGGCCCCGGGUGCAUAAUUCUGACGGAGCACAACCAGGACCCCAACCCCAGGCACUGGCUUUUGCAGGGAUCUUCAUAUCCAAGAGAAAACAGAAGAGCAGCCCAUCAGGUGGCUGCCACUACCUGGGCAUGUCCUGGAAAGCCCCGUCCCCAACUCCUCAUCUUUCCCUGUCUGUCAACCACCAGGGGUUUCUGGGCGCUGAAGCCUCACUGCUCCACUCAUUCCUGCAGAGAAUCUCAUUCAACAAUAGUGCUGGGGAUGAAAUUACAUUAAAUGAGUAUGGAGAGUUAGCAGCUGGCUUUGAUAUUACCAACUUGGUCACUUUCCCAAAUAAUUCCUAUGUCAGAGUCAAAGUGGGAAGUUUGGAUCCUCAGGCCCCUCCGGGCAAAGAGCUCACCAUUAAUGAAGACAGAAUCAAAUGGAACAGACGCUUCACUAAGGUGCCACCGCUUUCUGUAUGUAAUGCCAACUGCCAUCCUGGUUACGGGAAGAAAAAGAAGGAGGGAGAGAAGUUUUGCUGCUAUGAUUGUGAUCCAUGUCCAGAAGGAAUGAUUUCAAAUGAGAAAGACAUGGAAACAUGUGUCAGUUGCCCAGCAGAUCAGUAUCCAAACAGCGGCCAGGAUCUAUGCAUUCCUAAGAUUCCAAACUUCCUAGCCUUUGAUGAAAACUUGGCCAUUGUUUCAACUUCCUCUGCACUUCUAUUCUCUCUGAUUACGAUUCUAGUGCUAGGCAUCUUCAUUAAGCAUCGCAAUACAGCCAUAGUCAAAGCCAACAACCGAAGCCUCACCUAUGGUCUCCUUAUCUCCCUCCUCUUGUGUUUCCUCUCUUCAUUGUUGUUCAUUGGAAGACCUAAUAAUGUGACGUGCCUUUUCCGACAAACGGCUUUUGGCAUUGUCUUCUCUGUGGCCCUCUCCAGCAUCUUAGCCAAAACCAUAUUGGUGGUUUUGGCAUUUAUGGCUACCAAACCAGGAUCCAAUAUAAAGAAAUGGGUAGGCAAAGAACUGGCUUAUUCCAUUGUCUUUUCCUGCUCCAUUGUUCAAGUAGGAAUCUGUGUCCUCUGGCUGGCAACCUCUCCCCCAUUCCCAGAUGUGGACAUGCACUCAAUGCCUGAAGAAAUCAUAUUUCUAUGUAAUGAAGGGUCAGUCUCCAUGUUCUAUUGUGUUUUGGGCUACAUGGGCUUCCUGGCCACUAUCAGCCUCACGGUGGCUUUCCUAGCCAGGAAGUUGCCUGACACUUUCAACGAAGCCAAGUUCAUCACCUUCAGCAUGCUGGUCUUCUGCAGUGUUUGGCUCUCCUUCAUUCCAACCUACCUGAGCACCAGAGGAAAAUACAUGGUGGCUGUGGAGAUCUUCUCCAUCUUUGCUUCUGGUGCUUGGUUACUGGUUUGCAUUUUUUCCCCUAAAUGCUACAUUAUUGUGGUGAGGCCUGACCUGAACAACAGAGAGCAGCUAACACAAAGAAAGGUAUAA